UUUUUAGAAUUUAAUUAUAUUUGGAUUUUUGUUAAAAAAAUAAAUAAUUAAAACGGGUAACAGAACUCGAAUUUGAACCGAGGCCACAAUGAUUCAACCAAAUCCAAACUAAAAGUUGUAAAUAUUCGAAUACGAUUUAAAUUUUUAACUCUAAAAAUCCGAAAUCCGAAUAGAUCAACCGAAUCCGAACGGAUAUAUGAAUAUCAUCCUUAAAAAGCUAUACAACAAAUCCUUUAGUACAAUAUACGAUAAAUAAUUUAAUAAACUAUUUCACUUUAUAUAAUAUUUGAUAAAACAUAAUUUAUUGGUUAUUUAAAUAUUACACAACUAUAUAAAUCCCGCUGAAACCAUUUCAGCAUUUCCUUACCACUUACGAUCUUAUUCUCCUCCUCCGGCGCACUCCAAGCUUCCUCUUUGUCUGAAGAAAUCUCUGACGUGAAGUUUUACUAUUCAUUGCGUGAUUUACCAUUUUGGUAGAAUAUAGAUCUCUGAUUCUUGAUUCAUUCUCAAGAAACUGUGAGUAUGGACAACGAGCUGUUUAUGAACACAGAGCUUCAGCCACCGCCGGAGAUAGCAGCACAUUUCGAACAACCGUCUUGUUCAUCGCCGAUGCUUAACUGGCCAUUAAUGAAUCCGAACCUCUCUCAAUAUUCGCCUCCGCAGGAUUGCUUCACGUGGGAAAAGUCAACGGAGCAACAACAAAAAAAGGGCAUCUUCGACUCUGCUUUGAGCUCUCUAGUCUCCUCCCCAACGCCGUCGAACUCAAACUUCUCCGGCUGCGGAGGCGGUGACGGUUUCAUUAUCAGGGAACUCAUCGGAAAGCUUAGUAACAGCUCCGCGACUCCGAACAGAACGACGCCGUUGACGGAAUUCUCAGGUGAUCCGGGGUUUGCGGAGAGGGCGGCGAGGUUCUCUUGCUUCGGUAGCCGGAGUUUCAACGGAAGAACUAACUCAACUCUCCCCGUUAACAACAGCAAGAUCGUAAACUCCGGGAAGCUGACACGUGUCGCCAGCACACCAGCUCUUAACUCGCUUGUUUCUCCGAUGGUUCCCGCCGGAGAAUUUUCCCGGAAGAGAAAAUCUGUGUCUAAAGGGAAAUCCAAGGAAAUCCCACUUCCCACUGCUUCCCCAGCACCCAGUUUCACAAAGACGGCGGAAGGAAAAGGAGGGAAAAGGAGAAGACAAGACGAAGAAAAAGAAGAUAACACAAAAGCACCUGAGCCUCCUAAAGAUUACAUCCAUGUUCGUGCUCGACGAGGCCAGGCCACUGACAGUCACAGUCUUGCCGAAAGAGUUCGGAGGGAGAAGAUUGGUGAAAGGAUGAAGCUGCUUGAAGAUCUUGUUCCUGGGUGCAAUAAGGUUACUGGAAAGGCAUUGAUGCUGGAUGAAAUUAUAAACUAUGUACAAUCAUUGCAAAGACAAGUUGAGUUCUUGUCAAUGAAGUUAUCAUCAGUGAACGACACCAGGCUGGAAUUUAACGUGGACGCUCUUGUGUCAAAGGAUGUUAUGAUUCCAACAAGUAGCAACCGGUUGCAUGAAGCAGGACUCCAAGCAGAGUCUUUAAGUCAUCAUAGUUACAAUAAUAAUUCACAAUUGCACACUAAUGUUUCUUCCUGUAACAUGAUGCUUCAAUCUCCUGUGAACUCACUGGAAACUUCUACCUUAGCCAGCAGCUUCACCCACUUACCAACACUUACCCAAUUCACUGACUCAAUAUCUCAGUAUCAAAUGUUUAGCCAAGAAGAUUUACAGAGCAUUGUAGGGAUGGGAGUGGCACAUAAUCCCAACCAUGAAUCUCAAAACAUGAAAAUUGAGCUUUGAUCAACCACCUUUAUUUUCAAGGUCUCAAGCAAGGAAAAAAGAAAAAAAAUUGAUGGGCGUACAUAACCACGCCAAUCUCUGUGAUUUAUUCCUGUACUCAUCACUAUACAUAUACACACAUUUAUGAAAGUAACCUACUUAUGUCAUUUUACAAUUUAUCAUUAGGGUUCAAUUGUAUUGUUAUCUUUGGAUUCCGUUUGCUUUUCUGAUGUGAUAUUAUUGUAGGUUCAUAACCU